AUGUCGCAAAAUCGGCCGGCAGCCUUCUCGAGUCUGAGAAUGGGAGAGGUUAUUCGGGAGAAGGUCCAAGAUGGCGUUACCGGAGAGACUCGAGAUAUGCAGUAUACACAGUGCAAGAUAGUUGGCAAUGGGUCCUUUGGUGUGGUUUUUCAGACCAAAUUGUCACCUUCGGGGGAAGAUGCUGCCAUCAAACGCGUAUUACAAGACAAGAGAUUCAAGAACCGUGAGCUACAAAUCAUGCGCAUUGUCCGACACCCCAAUAUCGUAGAACUCAAGGCUUUCUACUAUUCGAAUGGCGAACGACUAAUGGCGCGACAGAAGGACGAAGUCUACCUAAAUUUGGUGCAGGAAUAUGUGCCGGAGACAGUCUACCGCGCUUCGAGAUAUUUCAACAAGAUGAAGACGACCAUGCCAAUCCUCGAAGUGAAGCUCUAUAUCUACCAACUUUUCCGUGCUCUGGCCUAUAUUCAUUCCCAGGGAAUCUGCCACCGCGAUAUCAAGCCCCAAAACCUGUUGUUGGAUCCGAGCACCGGCGUUUUAAAGCUUUGUGACUUUGGGAGUGCCAAGAUUCUGGUAGAGAAUGAGCCCAACGUCUCGUAUAUCUGCUCCCGAUACUACAGAGCUCCCGAAUUGAUUUUUGGCGCCACCAACUACACGACUAAAAUUGAUGUUUGGUCAACCGGUUGUGUGAUGGCAGAAUUGAUGCUUGGUCAACCAUUAUUCCCUGGGGAGUCUGGCAUUGAUCAACUCGUUGAAAUUAUCAAGGUUCUGGGUACCCCGACAAGGGAUCAAAUUCGCACGAUGAACCCUAACUACAUGGAGCACAAGUUCCCUCAGAUCAAGCCACACCCAUUCAACAAGGUCUUCCGCAAGGCUGAUGCAAAUGCCAUCGACCUCAUCUCGGAUCUUCUCGAGUAUACGCCUACCCAGAGACUCUCGGCUAUUGAUGCCAUGAUUCACCCAUUUUUCGACGAGCUUCGGGACCCUUCAACUAGACUUCCGGAUUCACGUCAUCCAACCAACCCCCCGAAAGAAUUACCCACGCUUUUUGACUUUUCACGUCAUGAGCUUUCAAUUGCCCCACCGCUGAACCAAAAAUUGGUCCCCCAGCAUGUUCGAGCUGGACUGGCCGGCCGAGGGCUUGAUAUUGAUCACCUCACGCCCAUGACGAAGGAUGAGAUGAUGGCUCGGCUGGAUUGA